AUGAGGCGGCCCAAUGGUAUGAUUGCUAUUUUAACGGGUGCUGGUAUCUCUGCCGAGUCGGGCAUUUCAACAUUCCGUGAUCAGAACGGCUUAUGGGAAAACCACCGCGUGGAGGAUGUUUGUACUCCUGCCGCCUUCCUCAAACAACCGACAGUCGUACAGCGUUUUUACAACGAACGCCGGAGGGCCCUUCUUUCACCGGAGGUGAAGCCCAAUGCUUCGCAUCAGGCGCUUGCGAGGCUUCAACGUGAAUACAAGGAUGGUCAAGUGGUUAUCAUUACGCAGAAUAUUGACGACUUGCACGAGCGGGCAGGAUCAAGGCAAGUUUUGCACAUGCAUGGCGAACUGUUGAAGGUGCGCUGUACCGCGACAGGACGCGUGUUUGAGUCAAGGGAGGAUGUGAUCCAUGGUGAAUCGAAAUGUGAAUGCUGCGGAGUCGUAGAAACUCUAAGACCGCAUAUAGUAUGGUUUAACGAAAUGCCACUGUAUAUGGAUGUAAUUGAUGAAGUGGUGCAAAACGCGGGGCUUUUCGUGGCUGUGGGUACUUCCGGUAACGUAUACCCUGCAGCGGGUCUUGUGAUGAUUGCAAAAGCACAUGGAGCAGAAACACUUGAACUCAACCUGGAACCCAGUGGGAACUGCAGGGACUUCGAUCGGUCCGUUUACGGGCCGGCGUCUGUCAUUGUUCCUGCUUGGGCCGACGAGGUGCUUCACGGAAAGGGUCCCGCGGCAUGA